AUGGAAGCCGUGGUGGAGGCAGGCUGGAACCAAGGAGUCUGGAGCAGCGGCCUCCCUUUCCGGCAGGAGGACAAAUUAGUGGCCUUGGCCUAUUAAUGUAUCCAGGAGGUGUUAAAAACCUGGAGCCACUGGUCCAUCCAAAUUGUGGACGUGAUUCCCUUUCUCAGGUUCUUCCCCAAUCCAGGUCUCCGGAGACUGAAGCAGGCCAUUGAGAAGAGGGACCACAUCGUGGAGAAGCAGCUGAGGCAGCACAAGGAGAGCUUGGUGGCAGGCCAGUGGAGGGACAUGAUGGACUACAUGCUCCAGGUGGUGGCGCAGCCGAGCAUGGAGGAGGGCUCUGGACAGCUCCUGGAAGGUCACGUGCACAUGGCUGCAGUGGACCUCCUCAUCGGUGGCACUGAGACCACCGCAAACACUCUCUCCUGGGCUGUGGUUUUUUUACUUCACCACCCUGAGAUUCAGCAGCGACUGCAGGAGGAGCUAGACCACCAACUGGGCCCCGGUGCCUCCAGCUCCCGGGUCCCCUACAAGGACCGUGCACGGCUGCCCUUGCUCAAUGCCACCAUUGCCGAGGUGCUGCGCCUGCGGCCCGUUGUGCCCCUGGCCCUGCCCCACCGCACCACACGGCCCAGCAGCAUCUCCGGCUAUGACAUUCCUGAGGGCACAGUCAUCAUCCCGAACCUCCAAGGCGCCCACCUGGAUGAGAUGGUCUGGGAGAGGCCACAUGAGUUCUGGCCUGAUCGCUUCCUGGAGCCAGGCAAGACCUCAAGAGCGCUGGCCUUCGGCUGCGGGGCGCGUGUGUGCCUGGGAGAGCCCUUGGCGCGCCUGGAGCUCUUCGUGGUGCUGACCCGACUGCUGCAGGCCUUCACGCUGCUGCCCCCGGGGGACGCCCUGCCCUCCCUGCAGCCCCUGCCCCACUGCAGUGUCAUCCUCAAGAUGCAGCCUUUCCAAGUGCGGCUGCAGCCCCGGGGGUUGGGGGCCCACAGCCUGAGCCAAAGCCAGUGACGGGGCAGGACCGAUGCCAGCCGGGUGCCUCAGUUUCUCCUUUAUUGCUCCCAUACGAACCCCUCCCCCCACUGUAAACAUAGUGCUGCGAGAUCGCUGGCGGAGAAGGCUUCCUCCACCAGCCGGGUGGUGAAGGCCCCUGGCUCUUCUCUCGGGGCGACCCCUCAGUGCUCGGCAGUCAUACUGGGGUGCGAGAGAGGUGGGCAGCAGCUCAGCCUCCCCCGGCUGGGGAGCGAAAGUUUCUUGGUCUCAGUUUCAUCUCCGUGAAGGGCACCGAGAACUCGAAGCCCUUCCAGUGGUACCAGCUCACUCCCUGGGAAAGGGGUUGUCAAGAGAGUCAAAGCCGGAUGUCCCAUCUGCUUCUCCCGUUUCCCUUAAGGAGGUGGCUCCGAGCACUCAACCAACCUCCCCACACAGCUCCCCUCCUGAUCCUCCACCACAGAGGACUGAGGCUUAAUCCUGAGCUGGCCCUUUCCACCCAAUAAAUCACCUCCAGCUCCCUC